UUUAUUGUAGCAGGUAGAAGAAUUUGAAAACGUAAAUCAUCUCACAGGUAGUCUCGCACAGGCUAUGUGUUAUUCUGGCAAAAUUUUUCCAAUUUAUUUAAUUUUUCACACAAGUUUUCUGAUAAACUUAAUUAUCACACCAGUCUGGCAACUUCGCGGAAAUCUCGCCAUAUUUAAGACAUUUUUGGCAAUUGCAUUUCGGUCAUACUCCUCGCGAACGUCCAGCUGGUCACGCUGUUUUGCCGUAACUUACAAAAAAAGCACGAUUUAGCGCGUGCAGCUUGAAAUUUCACAUAUUUUCACUACAUAGAAAUGGGCAACGUGCUAGCGGCAUCAUCUGGUCCGAGUGGCGGCGUUAGCGCCGGCGGCCUGGGCCUAGGACUGCCCGAACCGGCGCCCCUUCCCGCUGAAUCGGCCUCCACCGCCACCGGAGGCAGCAGCAGCAGCACCACCUCCCUGGCGGAUUUCGGUGCCGCGGCCAAGGAUGCGCCGCUGGAGAAUCCCGGCACCGUCGAGGAGCUGCAUAAGAAGUGCAAAGACAUACAGGCCAUCACCUUCGAGGGCGCCAAAGUCAUGCUGAACAAGGGCCUGAGCAAUCACUUCCAGGUGUCGCACUCCAUCAACAUGAGCAAUACGAUGCCCAGCGGCUAUCGGUUCUGCGCCACCUAUGUGGGCACCAAGCAGUACGGCCCCAAUGAGGCCUUUCCCGUCCUCCUUGGCGACAUUGAUCCGUCGGGCAAUCUGAACACCAAUGUCAUCCAUCAGUUUACGCCGCGUCUGCGCUGCAAGUUUGCUGCUCAGAUCCAGGAUUCUAAGAUGGCCGCCACGCAGAUAUCGAGCGAUUAUCGCGGCAGUGACUUCACCGCCUCGCUGACAGUGGCCAAUCCCAGCAUAUUCACCAACUCGGGUGUGAUCGUUGGCCAAUAUCUGCAGUCAGUCACUCCAGCCCUCGCCCUGGGUGCCGAGAUGGCCUAUCAGUUUGGCCCGAAUGUUCCCGGCCGUCAAAUUGCCCUUGUUUCCGCCGUCGGCCGCUAUACGGUCGGCAACUCGGUGUGGUCGGGAACAUUGGGACAGAGUGGUCUGCAUGCGUGCUACUAUCAGAAGGCCAGCGAGCAGCUGCAGAUCGGUGUGGAGGUGGAGACAAGUCUGCGUAUGCAGGAAUCGGUGGCCACGUUGGCCUAUCAGAUUGAUCUGCCCAAGGCCGAUCUUGUAUUUAGAGGCGCCAUCGAUUCCAACUGGCUCAUCUCUGGUGUACUGGAGAAGCGUCUGAAUCCAUUGCCAUUUACAUUCGCCCUAAGCGGACGCAUAAAUCACGUUAAGAACAACUUCAGACUUGGCUGCGGGCUGAUAAUCGGCUAGAGGCCAUUAAACUGCAGUCACAGACCACCUCCCCCCGACACACACACACACACCAACACACCAACACACCAACACACACACACAUCCAUCUUAUAUUUUUUUCAUUCGCAAACAACAAGAACAAUGAGAUAUACAUAUAUAAAUCAGCUGACAACCGUUUUUAUGACGAUCUGACUGUCGUUUGUGUAUAAGAUGUUCCACAUUAGGAGAAAGAGAAAGAGAAAAAGAUAGGGAGGGAGGGAGCGAGAUGCAGAUCAAGAAUCUGAUGGCUCCCUUUAAGCCCAGCUUCUUUCAGCCAGUGUGCCACUGUGCUUUGUCGUCCGCUUUUCGUCACCUAGUUUAUCCCACUGACAGGCGUCGUCAUAGAAAUGCGGAGUCCAAAAAAAUACAAAAUGAGAAAUAUAUAUUCCACAAUUUAAUUUAAUAGAUAUUUUCAAUCGCAAACAACAAGGACACCACACAAGCACCACAACAAUAAACUGAACAAGAAAACACCACAACAACCACAACAAUUACAAAUUGUCACUACACUUUUAAGUAGCUUCCUAUAAAGAGACAGAAACCAUACGCAUUUAUAUCAACAAACAAAACCUAAAGCUAAGAAGCCUAUAACGAAACCUGAGCAGCAAACCAGCGGAAACUAGCAGCAAUCUUAUAAAUGCGUAUGAAAAUUGUAUGUUACAAACUACGGAAAUUGGUAACAAACUGCUUUAAGUUUAUAAUUUAUAAAUUUACAAUUAGUUAUAAUAACAAAAACUUUGUUAAACCCACUUUUAAUAACUUUGUGAGGGCGCCAAAAGGAGGAGAUAGCCAGAAUUCAAAAUGAGACGGCGCCAAAUGUUGUGAGGGUCGAAAUAAAUAAAAAAAAAAAAAAAAAAAAAAAAUAAA